ACACACAUUUAAGGCUGAGUCGAUCUAGGGGAGACGCGAGACCGGCUGAAGUAAUCGCCCAACGCGCCUUGCCCGCGAGCAAAAAUCAAACGCCGGACUCGCUCCAGGUUCACCGCCCCAGCGCUGCUAACCGCUGCGCCACCGCUCUCCAUUACGCAAACACCCGCUCCUCCUCCUCCAUACCCCUCACCUCCUCCAAAACCCUCCUCGCUGUAUGGGCCACUCCCCCCCCCCCACCUCCUUGUCUCCGCUGCGAUGAGCGGAGCCGUCCCGUUAGUUCGGAUCGCUUGCGGAGGCUGCAGCAGCAGCAGCAGCAGCGGUAGCACCGGCAGCAGCGAGACGCGUGUCCCGAGCGUGGGACUGCCUGCGCGUGUGCACGGUGAGGAGCCACGGCGAAGAGACACAGUGCUGCUGUCUGCCAGGAAGCCAGGAGCCGGCCGCGAGCGCGAUGGGUGCCGUGCGGGCGAUGGCCGCACUCUGGAUUGUGGUCGGAGCGAGCGUCGGCGCGACUGUGCCCGGCCACGCUGAGGGCCCUGCCCUCGUGGGCCCCGGCCACGUUGAGGGCCCCACCCUCGUGGGCCCCGGCCACUCUGAGGGCCCCGCGCUCGUGGGCCCCGGCCACGCUGAGGGCCCCACCCUCGUGGGCCCCGGCCACUCUGAGGGCCCCGCGCUCGUGGGCCCCGGCCACGCUGAGGGCCCCACCCUCGUGGGCCCCGGCCACGCUGAGGGCCCCGCGCUCGUGGGCCCCGGCCACGCUGAGGUCCCCACCCUCGUGGGCCCCGGCCACGCUGAGGGCCCCGCGCUCGUGGGCCCCGGCCACGUGGACACGGUGCGGCUGCCCUGCCUCUCGGGACGCGUCCACCGCGGCCUCCGGGCCAACAUCUCCUGGGAGCGCGACGGGGCCCUCGUGACGGGAGGGCAGCAGACCCAGUGGCAGGGUUCGUUUGGAGGCCGCGCGGCGCCGACGCAGCUGAGCGUCACCCUCGCGCUGGGGGCGCUGAGCGCAGCGCGCCACGCGGGGCGCUCCACCGCCUGUGUGGGGCGCCAGGAGGGGGGGGAGGAGGGGGGGGAGGCGGCGGCGGUGGCGCGCAGCCAGGCGGCCACCCUCACCGUGACGGAUGUCGAUGGUGGUGCUGCCACCGUGUCCACCGCCGCCGCCCCCGCCGCCGUCUCCACCGCCACCGCCACCCCCGUCUCGACCGCCGGGCCGUCCAUGGGCUGGCGCUUCGAGCGGCACCCGCAGGACGCGACGGUGCCGCUCGGCUCUCCGCUGGCGCUGCGGUGCCGCCCCCCCCAGAGCCGCCCCCCGGCGCUCGUCGACUGGUUCCGUGACGGCGCUCCCCUCGACACGGACGGGGGCGGCGGCGGCGGCGGCGGGGGGGAGCUCCUGAUCCCCAGCGUCACCGAAUCGGACGCGGGCGUCUACUUCUGCCGUGCGGUGAACGCGCUGGCGCAGCGCUCGGUGGCCUCGCGCCGCGCCCGCGUCCGCGUGCUCGUUCCUCCGUCGUUCCCGUCCGCGACCCCCCACGGCACCGUGCGAGUGGCCGUAGGCCGCGGGGUGACGCUCGGCUGCCCGGCGCUGGGCCGCCCGCCCCCGGCCCUGCGCUGGAGCCACGAGGGGAGCCCCGUGGGGAGGGGGCCCCGCUGGGCCCUCGGGGCGAGGAACGCGUCCCUGCACGUGAGCAACGUGGAGGCGUCUGACCGUGGCCGCUACGCGUGCCACGCCAGCAACGCGGCCGGAGAGGCCACCCUGGUGUUCCACCUGCACGUCGGCGUGCCCCCCGUCGUGGUGGUGUUCCUGGAGUCGGUGGCCGUGGACGCCGGAUCUGCGGCGACGCUGCCGUGCGUGGCCGCGGGCGACGCUCCGCUCCGCUACUCGUGGAGUCGCGACGGCGCGCCGGUGCCGCCGGGCGACGCCAGGGUCCGCCGCGACAGGGGCGGCGCGUCGCUGGAGCUGCGCGCGGUGUCGGCGCGCCACGCGGGCGUCUACGUGUGCACGGUGCUUGGACCCGCCGGCAGCGCCAGCCACCGCGCCAGCCUCCGGGUGCGCGAGCGGCCGCGGAGGAGCUGGGAGGACGACGACGGUGGCGGUGAGGCGACGACGGCGACGACGACGGCGCCGUCGAGGCUCAUCACCGCCGCCGGGACAACGUCACCGCGUGCACCGCCGGCGACGACGAAGAUGAGGACGACAGCGACCGUGGGGAUGCUGCGGUUGUUGUCGCCGCCGCCGCCUCCGCCAUCGACGACGACAACAGCGGCAGCUCCGGUGAUUAAAUCACCGAUAGCUCCACCGCCACCGCCAGUCGUGUCAAUGGUCAGCUCGUCACCACCACCACCACAAGCACAACCGGAACAGCCAACGGCCGGAUUGUCACCACCUGCAGAGGUGGCGACCAAACUCUCAUCACUGCUACUCGCUCUCUCGGCGCCGCCGCCGCCGCCGCCACCGCCACCGUCGCGACUAACUCCAGCGGCAACGUCAACCGGACGACCAACAUCGCCAACCUCCAGCCUCUCCCGGCCUUCAGCAACAUCGCCACCAAUCACCAGCCUCUCAGCGCCGACACCGCCACCGCUACCAGCAGCGGCGGCACCGGCGCUAACAUCGCAAGCGUCAACGGCUGCACCACCACCACCCCGCCCAACAUCACCUCCCGCCCCACCUGGGCCGUCCACUCCGGCUGACCCUGACCAUCGCGAGCUGCGACCGCGCCCCACGCCUUCUGCGGUCACUUCGCCGUCGGCGCUGCUGGCGACUCGCGGCGCCGCCGCAGUGACGGGACCAACCGUGCCAGCUCCGCCGCGGCGCUUGUCCCCACCGGAGGAGCCUGACGACCGUCGUCCGCCACCGGUGCCCUCGUCGACUCCGCCACCGCCGCCGCCGCCGCCGCCACCACCACAACCGUCGUCAUCGUCGUCGUCGCCGUCGUCAUCAUCAUCGUCGUCGUCGUCGCCGUCGUCGCCGCCACGGACGACGUCUCCGGUGACCGGCCGCGGUGCCGCCGCGGCCGACGCGGCGGGGCUCCGGACGGGCGGCGAAGCGGAGCGGCGGCCGUCCCCGGCUGCGGCCGUGGGGGGGUGGCGGCUGCUGGAGCCGCAUGACGUGCCGGUGGUGGUGGGCUCCUCCGUGUCGCUGCUGCUCAUCUUCCUCGUCAUGGGAUUCUACUCCGUGCGGCAGCGGUGGAGGGAGCGCAAGUGCGCCGCGACCCGACCCACAUCAAGGGGGGCCCUCGCCCCGUCAGCUGGGACCGACAACAGGGGCUUUGACUCGAGCGAGGCGGUGGAGGAGGCGACGGAGCACAGCUGCCUGGAGCCGCAGGCAGUGGGAGCGUGGACUCAUCGCCAGAGAGACGCACGGUAUCUGGGGCAGGAGUCGGACCGAGACCGGACCCCUCAAGGCUCCCCAGAGUGUGAGUGCACAGACGCAGACACACACACAGUGCCGAGGAGCAACCUGUGAGAAUGGGAAGGUUCAUGUCGUUCCAAGGUUCAGUCACACCACAUGACAGGCGCGUGGACACACACCGGGUUUCCAAUUGGACGUAGAACCUCCUCCGCUUAUCUACCUUUGUCACAGACUUCAAUGUCACAGAUAUCAGAGUGAUUUCCAUCGUAAAGGGUCGAGUCAGCGCCUCAUUCUGACCGCAAGUAAACAUGGGACUGUGGUAUUGAUGAGCUGUGUAUGACCCACGGCCUUUGACCUACAACGGAAAAAAAAGCGUGAUCUAAAAUUGUGAAACGACGCUAAUCGUAUAUCUUUCUCUAGUAUUUCUCCGCAUUCCUCUAAUUUUGCUGGACAAAUACGAUGCAAUUCGCAUUUGCAUUGUAUUUGAGAGUCAGCAAGAGUUUUGUAAAAUUAACAAAAAUUCAAAUCACAUGUAAGAGACAAAUGGGGUCUUUAGCUGGGGUGGGCGGUGAGUGGUUAAACUGUGAAAUAAAAUAGGACAUUUUUCGUGUGAUAAAAAUACUUCUCAUUCGAUGCAUCCCAAAUGCAUCUUUCAUUGUACUACUCCAAGAGGGACUCUGGUCGUCUUCAUGAAGCCGCCCCACCGCUACCCACACUUUCCCCACCCGCCCUCGUACCUCUGCUGUGCACGUACUCCACUACUCACCCCCCCCAUUUUCUAUACAGAAAGGCUUGGGGCCUAAAGAGGAAGGGGCGAGGCCUACACAACAAGGCUUGGGGCCUCUAGAGGAACGGCGAGGCCUACACAACAAGGCUUGGGGCCUCUAGAGGAACGGGCGAGGCCUACACAACAAGGCUUGGGGCCUGUAGAGGAACGGGCGAGGCCUAGAGAGAAUGGUGUGGGGUCUGAAGAGGAAGGGGGGGGGGGCAGGGAUAAAAACGCAAAUCUGCGUAAUCCUGAGUAAGCAAAUGUUUUAGAAUAGUAAAUGAAAACAAAAAAAAUGCAUAUCGUUACUGACGCAUAUAUAAACGUCACCAGUGGUAUAGAAAUGAGUUCAGUGUUCUUGAUAUUGUUAUUUUGCAUUAUGCGUGUAUGAUUACCGCACGGUUAGUAUUGAUACUGGCGUUGUCAGGAUGCCUCUGUGUCGCUAUCAAGAGGCAUCUCGCUUACGUUGUGCCUUUUCUUACCAAACGUGAUUUUUGCUAAGGCUAGAAAGUAGACGUGCAACACCGUUUUGUCGGUAAAAUACUCCGUAGAUAAGGUUUUAAUAAAGACAGUCGUAGUUUGGACUUAA